CGGAACUUCCGGUCCUAACCGGAAGUGGCCGCGUCGGAGGCCUUUUGAGCGAGGGACCAAGAUGGCGGCGCCCAUCCCCGCGAGUGCGGCUCCCGCCCCUGAAGCCGAAGAAGGCGUUUUAGGGGCCAAAAGCAAGGCUCCUUCCGUCACCCCUCAGAAGAUCCGGGAGCUGAUCGAUGGAGGCAUCGCCCCGGAGGACGAGGCGGAGGCGGAGGAGGCAGGGCCCGAAGGAAAGGAGAUGUCUGCCUUUUAUGAAGUGGCAAAUGGUUCUCCCCAGACUGAAGAGCUGCAUCUUGAAGCCACCAGCAAAGAAGCCUUCUUCGGCAGAGUAGAAACAUUUACCUCUCUCAAGUGGGCAGGGAAACCCCAUGAGUUGUCUCCCCUGAUCUGUGCCAAGUAUGGAUGGACCAAUGUUGAGUGUGACAUGUUGAAGUGUGCCAGCUGCCAGGCUUACCUCUGCGCCAGUUUGCAGCUAGCCUUCGACUUCAACAAAUACAAGGAGAGGUGUUUAGAGUUGAAGAAUGCUUUAUCAACAGCUCAUGAAAAGUUCUGCUUCUGGCCAGACAGCCCCUGCCCAGAUCGCUUUUUUGUCUUGUUGGUGGAUGAGCCUCUUGCCCUUCUCGAUGAUUUUCAGGAGCGCUUUCAAGGCCUUUGCCAGCUGGAGCUUCAGCUGCCCUCUUUAAAAACAGAGGAUCUCAAGAGCAUGUUCUUGACAGAGGAGAAGAUCAGCCACCUGCUACAGCUUAUUGAGGAGGAAGCUAACUACAAAACAGAGGAUGAGAAAAGCCCAUUCAAGCGGGCUUCAGACCACUUCCAAACCCACAUCACGGCUUGCGUCUUGGCCCUCUGUGGCUGGACUAGUAGCCCUUCUUCUGGCUCCGUCCAUCUCCCCUUGAUCACCUGUUGCCGCUGCAUGAGGAAGGCAGGGCUGUGGGGCUUCCACCAGAUUGAAUCUGCCCUUCCUGAGAGCGAGCCAUCCCCAGGCUUUACCAACACCCCCAGCACUACUCCAGAUGGGCGCUCCGAUAAAGCCCCUACGGUGCCCACCUCUCCUCGCCGGAUGAUGACCCGAAGCCGGGAUCUGAAUGUUCCCUUUGGAUCUGAGCAGGUAGGCCUUGGCUCUUGUGGUUCUCCAAAUCUUGGAAAGGAGAAGAGCCCAUCUCCAGUGAUCAGCCGCAUGCGGAGCUGGGAUGGCUCAAACCCAGGUGAACGCAUGGACACAGAAGCAGCCAGCCCCACCACCAGGAGCCGGCCUGUCACCCGCAGCAUGGGCCAAGGCGACGUCUGCGGCCUGGGGGCGGAGGUGCCCUCCAGCCCUCUCAGGAAGGCCAAGCGGGCUCGUCUCUUCUCCUCCAGCAGCACAGAUUCCUGCGCCCGAAGCUUCUUUGACCCUGUUUCCCAGCACCGCGACUGGUGUCCUUGGGUCAAUCUUGUGAAGGAGAGGCCAUCCUUCGAAGCCACAGGGGACCACACAGAGGAGGGAAAGGACAAUCUCGGUUGGCAAAUGGUCUUGAAGGCUCUCCUGUCUACCAAGCAGUUGGAGAGGGCAGCAGAUACGGAUUCUGAGGUGAACACUUCCACUCAGGGAAUUGCUGGUGUGCUCAGAGUCUCUCAGCGAAAUCCCGCAAGGUGUUCCGGAUUUUCCGCCAAUGGGAAGCUGCUUGUUCCUCUUGAAGAGUUGAGCCUUGGACAGCAUUGGGGGUCGCUCAGCAUGCCCAACGGGUCUUCUCCCUUUUCUGCUGGUAAAAAGAAGAGGACAGGAGGAAAAGAGAUUAUUAUUUGUAUUGGAGCCAAGGCUGUUCUGGAAAAACCUGCCUAG